GUCACCGACUAGCAUACGUUUAUUUUUCCGAGUAUCCCCAUAUAAUAGACAAAAAAUACUAUGCAAAUACUUAUUUUCCCGGUACACACUUUUUAGCACAACACAAUCGAACAAAACGAAAUGUUAAUGCUUUCCGUAAUCGAAUGCAGCAGGCCGGUUAAUUGUGUGGAAUGAAUUCAAAAAAUGUAAAUUAGUAUGCCAGUUGGAAAUCCAAAAUGUCGGCGGUGGGCAUCUGUAGACCGGCUGUGUUAUUGGCAAUUUGUGCUCUUGUGCUUUUUCUGCAAUGGCCAGCGACGAUAGCUUGCAGUGGCCUUGGGCCCUGCCAGAAACGUGAGGGUAUGCCCAAGUUGAACCUUACCAAGUUCUCCGGCCAUUGGUAUGAAAUAGAAAGGUCCUUCUACCUGAUGGAGCUCGUCAGGAGUUGCAUCACUAUGGACAUUACCGAAUUGCCAUAUGGAAAACUGGGAGUGUCUAUAAAAGCAAAGAGCACAUGGACCGGAAGAUUUUCAUUCAGCGAAGGUAUUGCGACGCCAACGAAAAAGGAUCCGAGCGUGGUUAUGUACAAGGUGAACAACAAGUUGCCGAAGGUAGUUAAUAAAUACGUACCCAGACUGGUCAACUACUAUCUACCAGGUUCAGGAUACUAUCAGGUGCUGAGAACGGACUAUGUUAACUAUGCGAUCCUAUAUUCUUGCAACGAUUACGGUAUCGUACACUCAGAUUUGAUCUGGAUCUGGGGUAGACUGAAAGAAAUGGACGCUGAAAUGAGAUCUGACAUUUACGGAAUAUUAGCAGAAUAUCGCUUGGACUCUGAGAGGCUCACCCUAUCGAAGAAUGCUAACUGUACUGAUGAUGACGAGUGAUGCAGAUUUGAUCUUAGGCUAGGCCAGGCAUCGCUGGCAAUGCAUUUGUAAUAUUUCCAUUUAAUUCGAUAACCUUUUUUCACAUUGUGCCUUUUAUGUUUUAUUGAUACAAAUCGCUAGAAAAACAAAUCGCCAACUUGAAUACAUGUAAUGAAUGGACUGCAAGUGCUCUUUCUAAAAAAUUUAAAAAAGUUAAUUAGUUUCGUGCAGGUUUGUAUGCUAUUGACCAAUAUCUCCUGUAUACAAAUAGUCUGAUUCUAUUUUAAUCGAUACAUUUUAUGAAAAACUAUUGAUUAUACGUACGUAAAUAAAAUAUAAGAAUAUGAGAGCAUCUUUGUAUAAACGUAGCCAAGCUUCUUUGCAUGCUGCCUGUCACGAGACUAAAAUUACAUAACGCAAAGGUAACUCUAUGAAUGACUUCUUAGGAGUUUGGUUGUUCGAAAUUUUUUGUUACGUUUGCAUAUUUUAGUAAAAAAAAUCCUCGCAAAACGUGAUUUGUAGUUGGAUAUGAAUACUGUCAACUUUGCUACAGUGUCAAAAAUCAAACAAAUAUUUGAUCCUUUCCGGUACGCAUCUUCUUUUAAAUCACACUUGUUCUGAUUCCUAUACAGGGUGACUUUGAAGUUGAGUCAUUAAUUUUCAGAUAAUGAUUGUAGAAGGAAGAUAAACCAAAAUAUGUGUGUAAAAAUAAAAAAAAAAAAAUGUUACCUUGUUUUAUAAAGUAUCCUCCCGACAAGUAUUUCAGUGCGGACCUGCAUUUGAUCGUGCGGUCUUGGAGCACCGGCAUGCCGUCCCCUGUGAGGUCUUAAGUCACCUGAUUCACGAGCCCUUUGUACUACAUUAACAAAGGCACGAGGGGUUGGUUGCACUCGAUUGGAAAACCGAUCCGCAUAAAUCCGUGAUGCCGCGUAAAUAAGAAUCAUGUCCACAAGUUCAGCAUUUUCGUAAACAUGUGCCAGUUUUGAUUUCGUUUGAGCCACGCAACAGACACCACUAUUCACUCACGCGUUACCGACUGACACUGACUGUAUACAACUGAAUAAAAUAAUUGUAAAAACAUCGUUCCAAAUUCUUUCGCUUUUUUGUUUCCGAUGCGAUGAACCGAUAAGGCGGAUUAUAUCCGUUGUUGCCAAACACGAGCACAUAAUAUUAUUAUUGAGACAGGGCGGUACUCAAACUUCCAAAGGGCUAUAACUUUGUUACUUUAAUUUUACCAGAAAAAUGGUAAAGGAAAAAAACAUUUCUUUUGAUCAGAUCUACUCACUGUUAAAAUAAAUGACUCAACUUCGAAGUCACCCUGUAUAUCUACUGAUAUGCCAUGCUAUAUACGUAUUUGCUUGGUGCAACUCUUCUGUCAAUGACAUGUUACAUAACUUGACACGUUCUCUUCUCUACAUUUUUUUUUUGUUGGUGGGUCAGUUUCGAAAAAAUAUCUUUGGGUACGCCGUGUUGGUCUGCUUGUCUUUUAUGUAUAAAUCAAGUUCAAAUUUUCUCAUGCACCUGUUUUAUUUUCGAAUUUUUAUUUGAUGUCAUUCUUAUUCAUUUUAAAAUCGUGGAACAUAUGUCUGCCUAAAAAAGAAAUAACAAUUUAAUUUAUAUAAAAUAAAAAUAUGUUCGAA